GUGGCGAUGUUCCAGCGCAGGAAGAAGAAGCGGCGGCCGAAGAUCUCGGAGCCUCAAGACUUCCAGCAUCGCGUCCACACGUCCUUCGAUGUCGCCAGCGGACGCUACGUCGGUCUGCCGCCGCAGUGGCAGAGCGUCAUCGACACGCUGAGGAGGCCACGCCUGGUGGACCCGUCCAGGAUCACUGAGGUCCAACUCCGGAAGACGAUCGUCCGUGGUAGUUUCAUCGGUCAUGGAGACUACAUCUCCCAGGUGAUCUCUGAGAUGAGCCGUCUGUCCGUCACCGGCUCCAACUCUCUGCGCCGCAGCAGUCCGUCAGCACGGAAACGAGCACGCUCACUGGGCCGACUGGGAGAACUGGUGGACGAGGAGUCAUACCAGUACCAGCAGCUCGAUCGCCACGGCGACGAGGUCGACAGGAAGACGGGCGGGAACUCCACCUACUGGCAGGACCGAAUCCGACAGGUACGCAGCGAGAAUGGUCUGCAGAGAGCCAAGUCCACCUGUGAGGUGAGGGCUCCGGCUGAGGCCACGCCCCCCACACCUGGGACGCUGCAGAGGACAGGUGUGGCGGGUUUGAGCGGUGGACAGUACGCCCGCAGUGAGGGGGUGGGGCUAAGACAGAGGCCAGCUUCCUGUUACAACCACCUGCAGACUGUGGAGACCAGCAGAGCUCACCUGAGACUGAGACCAGACGUCAGUCACCUGCCUGACCUGCUGUCCUCCUCCAGAGAAACUCCCAGAAGGCCUCACUCCACCUACGACCUCAAGGUCUCUGUUCUCCUCCCCAGUUAUCCUCCCCCUCUUGCUGCCCCCCCCAACAGCACCAGCAGUCCCAUCAUCACGGGUCGACCUCAGCGCUCGCUCCGCCCCUCCUCCAGCUUCAACAUCAGUCCACCUAAAACACUGCCCCCCCAUAGCCAGCCCCGCCCCUCCCCCCCAGCACCUGAUGGGGUGAAUGUGACCCAUGAGCAGUUCAAGGCGGCGCUGCAGAUGGUGGUGGACCCAGGGGACCCGAGGAACACUCUGGAGAACUUUGUGAAGAUCGGUGAAGGUUCUACAGGUGUGGUCUGCAUCGCCAGAGAGAGAGCGAGCGGCAGACAGGUAGCAGUGAAGAUGAUGGACGUCAGGAAGCAGCAACGCAGGGAGCUGCUCUUCAACGAGGUGGUGAUCAUGAGGGACUACCGGCACCAUAACGUGGUGCAGAUGUUCAGCAGCGCUCUGGUGGAGGAGGAACUCUGGGUAAUCAUGGAGUACCUGCAGGGUGGUGCUCUCACAAACAUCGUCAGUGAAACCAGGCUGAACGAGGAGCAGACAGCCACCGUGUGUGAAAGCGUUCUUCAGGCUCUGACUUAUCUUCACUCUCAGGGAGUCGUUCACCGAGACAUCAAGAGUGACUCCAUACUGCUGAGUGUGGACGGGAAGGUAAAACUGUCAGACUUUGGUUUCUGCGCUCAGAUCAGCAGAGACGUCCCGAGGAGGAGUUCUCUGGUGGGGACUCCGUACUGGAUGGCUCCUGAAGUGAUCUCUAAAACCCCGUACGGUACCGAGGUGGACAUCUGGUCUCUGGGCAUCAUGGUGGUGGAGAUGGUGGACGGAGAGCCGCCAUAUUUCAGCGACACGCCCAUCACCGCGAUGAAGAAGCUGAGAGACGAAGAACCGCCGAGCGUGAAGAAUCUCCACAGGGUGUCUCCGGUGUUGAAAGACUUCCUGGGCUGCAUGCUGACCCGUGACACGCAGCAGCGCUCGACCGCCGCCGACCUGCUGGAACACCUGUUCCUCCUGCAGGCCGGACCACCACACUGCCUGGUGCCCCUGGUGGAGCAGCACCGCAAACGCAUGUCACUCUGCUGAGCCCGAGGCACACCUGAGACACACACCUGAGACACACCUCUGAGACACACACCUGAGACACAUGUGGGACUCACCUGAGAACACCUGAGACACAUGUGGGACUCACCUGAGAACACCUGAGACACAUGUGGGACUCACCUGAGAACACCUGAGACACAUGUGGGACUCA